UUUUUUUUGAUAGAUGGAUCUUCUUAAAAAAAUCUCGUUUUAUUAUCUUGUAUUUAACUUACGAUCAGAGAAUUCCUCCCCGAAGGGUUUAUACUGCAACUUGAAGUUGAAUUUGCUGAAAUUGAAAUUUUAUUUUUUUUUUAAUUUGUUGAAAUUGAUGUUUUAGUCGUUGAAUAAUUUCUGAAAACAAUAUCAAAAAUAAAUAAAAUAAAAGAACUAUUUUUUAACAGAUAAAAAUUUAUAAAUAAAAGAAUGAAUCAUAGUCUCAGCGAAAGUUAUUAAUGUUAAGGUUCCAUUAAAAAGAUUUUUUUAAUAAUGUGUGAUUGAAUUGUUGUAAUAUGUGUGAAUAGACGAGAAUAAAAAUAUUUCUUUAAUAUUGUUUGCCGGAUGUUUACAAUAUUGUAAUAAGUGAUAAGCUGGGAAAAAUGGUUUUUUUUUAAAUAUUUUAUUGAGUUUGGAAGUAUAUGUAUGAUUUAUUGAAAUUUUG